AUGGCAGAGUCUUGUGACACGGACAUCACCAUGUCCAACACUCCUUCGCUCUCCCAGGACACUACCAGCCUCGCCAUUCGCAACAGGCCUGGUACCCAAGGCAUGGUCGCUGUAACGCCCUCGAGCGCCGUCGCGGCUGUCACUGAUGCCGUUCUCAGCGCUGUCACUCAAGUUGACCAUAAGCUGGAGCGCCUCGUUCGUGACGUGGCGGACAGUGCUGAGAGACCUGUUGACUUGGGUCUGGCACAGUUGUGCCUCGACGACACCAACGCGGCCAAGGUCGCCAAUGCUGCCGCAAUUGUCAAGAUGCAGGUGCAGGUGGCAACCGUGGAUUUUGAGAAGGAGAGACUCAAGGAGGAUGUCAGAAACAACGACGGCUACCACCGCAGCAAGGUCAGGAAGGAGAGAAUGCGCAUCGAUCGCCUGGAGGGACUGCUUGAGAUCUUGAUGGAGGAGAGAAGCAUGCCGGCCACGAAGGAGACUCACGCCUUGUACGACAAGAAGAUCGAGCAGUUCGAGAAGGCUCAUAAAGCCAGAUGCGCCAGAAGUGACGCGGAGGUUCUUCAGGCUGGUCCGGCGACCCCUGGCCCUUACUCCAGCGACUGA